CCAACCGCUCCGCGUGGAGGUGGAGCGCUCAUAAAUGCUCUAUUUGACUUUCUCCCCUCACUCAUAAACAAACGCGCGUUGCAAGUGCUCACUUAAACAACUAUCCGCGCUGACAGCUCACCGGGACGGACGCAGACGCGCUCCUCUCUCGGGAGUUUGAAGUUGUUUUUAUUUUAUCCCUCCUUUUUUUUAAAUCUUUUCUACUUUUUCUGCUUCAGCUAAUUGUUUCCGACGGUUUUUGCGCCUCGGAGCCUUUUUUAAAGAUAUUUUUUCUCUUUUUUUAUUUCAACUCUGAAUCUUCUGGAUGGCAAAGGGAUAUUCCAAGCGCGGCUUUAACCACACGUAAAGACGGAACCGCCACAGCAAACAAGUAAGUCCACUCUGAAUGAAUGAAGCGCUCUCACUGCUCCGUUUGGACCGUUAGCGCAAACCCCUCAGCUGUUUCAGAACAACACGUGUAAGAUCUCUCCUUUCUUAACCUUAUUCUUUAUUUUACCGCACAAAUGUGCGCUUAACCUGUUGAUGUUAAACAUCCAGCCGCUCCAGUUAAGCUGCUGAUUCCAAAUGAAUCUGAACUCGAAUUUAAUCUGCGCUGGGAAGGUAUCAUAUCCUUUCCGGUUGUCAUGGAAAUGAGAUGCCUCUCAGUCAGACAGUGGAGACAGACGCACAAAUGGGUCUGAGUGUCCAGGAGCUAAGAGACGAGAGUCCAUGCUUUUGCUUCCAGCUCUUAUUUUUUAUGUUAGCUUUUCUCUUUGGGAAGUUUUGACAGUUUGGAUAUGAUCUAAUUAAUUCAAGAUGGUACGCAAGAGUUUAAAUUUGUGAAUUAUGAACAGUUAGACAAGGUGUCGUGAAAAUGUAUUGGCUUUUAGUCUUAGGUUCAAAUUUGAGAGAUAAUCGGAACUCGUUGCCUCUCCUUUCACCAAAAACACUAAGAUGUCUGUUCCCACUGUGAAAUGUGCCCUGAAGACACGAUGGUAUAAUAUGCGCUUUGGGUCAUUUCUGAGAGAAGACAAGCAGUGUCAAGUUGAAGUGCUGAAGUAAGUUGCUGCAUUGAUCCUUCCCCUUCCUUCCCCCCCCUUCGCUCUGAACUUUACGCACGCAGACAGACUCUUCAUGACAGCCUCCCUCUCAGGGCUGAUUUACAGUACUCAUAUAUUUCAGUGCUCUCCCUUUUCUCUGCCUCUGUUUGCUGGAAGCCCUGCGCUGUCUGAGGUUAUUGCUGCGAGGGGCUACCGGGGCCUAUACCGGCGCUCCGGAGCGCGUGCUUUGGAGAUCUUUUGUCGUUCUCUUGGUUACCGGUGCGCGCGGAGCCAGAGCCCCUCCGGUGUCUCAGUCAGAGGAAAAAACGGGAGGAGAGUUUGUUCAUGUUUGGUGUAACAGACAGAAAGUCUCCGUUUUUGAUGAAAAAUAAAUGUUGAUUAUUCCUUCUCAAGGAUAAGAGUGUCUUUACGCACAAUUUCACUUAACGACUAUAUGCCAAAAACCUCCCUGACCAAACUGUCCCAACUGUCUCUCCCUUUUCCGAAACCCUUUCAUGCAUAACUGAAAAGAGGAACGUAAUUGUUCUCAGCUAUAAUUAAAUUAUCGUGUCCAUCAGUUACUCUGCUUGUCUUUUCUGGUUCGAUUCUCGACAUUUGGAGGCAUCAGCCAAACUUGUAGCUUUUAUAGUCAAAUCCAGCGUUUCAUCUCAUGCUUAACCAUAAACAUGUAAGAUGGUUUGUUAUUACAGCGUUUAAACCACUUUAGAGCGUUUCCGUCAACACCAUCAGACCUGCAGCAGAGAUGAGUGCGUUUGGGUCUGUCGCAGAACGCGCGCACAUCACUUUUCCUCGCGCGCGCGCGUGUGCGUGCGUGCGUGCGUGUGUGUGUGUGUGUGUGUGUGUGUGUGUGUGUGUGUGUGUGUGUGUGUGGUAAAGAGAGGGAGCGGAGUGCAGGUUCAGAGGGUGUGUGACAGAAAGGGGGCGCUCUGGGCCUUGAAAUUCUCCAGCCUCCGUGCGUCCUUCUCCAGUUGACACGGUGCUGGAGGCGCACGGAGCGCAGGAGCCCGCUGGUUAAAGUUUCAGGUCCGACUCGACAGCAGAUUCGUCUCCAGCUCUGGAUGAACCUUGCGCCGGCCGAGGCAGUGGCGAUCGGAGGCAGGAACAGGGAUGGCCCGGGUGCGCUGGCCCGGUCUGCUUUUAUAAAAUUACUCACUUCUGUAGGCACAGGUUCGGAAGAGCGCGCCCAGCCGAGCUCGGAGCACCGACGAUCUGAUCCUUCCUCUGCUGCGCACGCCGAGUCCUCCCAGCUCCAGGAGCCCUGUCCCGGCCGCAGCCACGCCACCCCUAAACCCCGGACACCCAGCACCAUUCAGCGCGAAGCUCUCUCAUCAGCAGACAUGCCCUGUGUGCAGGCUCAGUAUGGGCCCGCCCCCCCAGGCUCAGCUUACUCCGGACAGUCCUUUGGUUACCAGGGUGACAGCUACAGCUCUGACCUCAUGACCCCUGACUACACCAAGCUG